AUGUCGUUUGGAUCAAAAGCUGCUGAAAGAUUGGCUGAUAAGGUAAUCUUAAUUACUGGUGCCUCUGCCGGCAUUGGUUACGCUACUGCACUAGAAUACAUGGAAGCAUCAAAUGGUAAAGCUAAAUUAAUUUUGGUCGCUAGAAGAAAGGAAAAAUUGCAAUCUUUAAAGGACUUAAUUAACAAAAAAUUUCCUUCUUCAAAAGUUCAUAUCGAUGAAUUAGAUAUUACCAAGUUAGAGACUUUUAAACCAUUUUUAGAACAAUUACCAUCUGAUUUUAAAGAUAUUGAUAUUUUAAUCAAUAAUGCUGGGAAGGCCUUAGGUACUGAAAAAGUUGGAGAAAUAGACCAAAAAGAUAUUGAAGGAAUGUUUCAAACAAAUGUUAUUGGCUUAAUCAGUUUUACUCAAACUGUUUUGCCAAUCUUUAAAGCUAAAAAUUCAGGUGAUAUAGUUAACAUUGGCUCAAUUGCAGGUAGAAAUGCUUACCCAGGUGGUUCAAUCUAUUGUGCUUCCAAGUUCGCUGUUAGGGCUUUUACACAAAGUUUAAGAGCAGAAUUAACAAAUACCAACAUAAGGGUAAUGGAGGUAGCUCCAGGUAUGGUCGAGACGGAAUUUUCAAUUGUUAGAUACAAAGGGGAUGAAGAUAGUGCUAAGAAUGUCUAUAAAGGUAUAACUCCUUUGGUCGCCGAAGAUAUUGCAGAAUUGAUCGUUUUCAACACAUCUAGAAGAUCUAAUACCGUCAUUGCUGAAGCUGUCAUCUUUCCAAGUUGCCAAGCAUCUGCUUACCAUACUUAUAGAGAAUAG